UGGAGGUGAACUGCUGUAGGCUCCGAGCUCCGCAUUCGGAGGAGCCCUGAGCUUUUUGAGGUGGUCCAAGGUGCUCGGUUCGGAUGGCGAGCGGCUCCCGGCUCGCCUCCUGGCCGCCGAUUGCACGCGUGUCAUGACUUGCGCCCUCGAGACGGCGGAUGCAGCUGAGCAAGCAAAGAAAGCUGCAGUCGGUGCACAAUCUGACGUCCGAAGCUUCAACCAUGAAGGGACCCCCCGGUGUUUUUGUUCUAACGGGGGGCAUUGAAUUUUUUAUUCAAACACCGCUGAGGAAUGGACAGCUGACGUGAUUGGACAUAUAAGACAGAGGUGUGAAUCGGAUUCACUCAGAACCUAGCGGAAGACCGGCGGCGACACCAUGGUCAUCACCGAUAGAAACUCGGGCGCGGCCGCGUCCAAGAAGGAGCCGGCGAAGGACAAAAAGCGUCGGGCGUCCCGCCUGCACGGCCUGCCGUCUCCGGCCCUGUGCUGCGCCUGCGGCCUGUGCAUCAUGCUGGCCGGACUCAACAUCACCUUGGUGGGAGUUUUCGCCUUCAGGACCCUGGUGCCUUCCGCCAACCCUUCCAUCGUCAUCGGACCCAUCCUGCUGCUGGUGGCCUUUUCCUUUUUCGGGGCCUGCUGCGUGUGCAGCCGCCUCCCUCCUCCUCCUCACAGCUCGCGCGGGGCCAAGACGGGCGCUCGGGGCCUGAACCUGAUCGGGAACGACGGGCCGGCCGGCGCGGCGGCGUUCGAAAUCGAGACCAGCGAGCACACGCUGCAGGACACCACGGCCGUGCAGCUCAGCCCCACGUCCUCCCCGGCGUCCUCCCGGGGUUCCGGCUCUGAAAACCAGGCUCCCGACGGGUCUCUGCUCGGCACCUGCCAGCUCUUCACCAUGGAGACGGACGGCUCGCCGGAUUCUAGCGGCGCGACCUACUCGGCGUCCGCCGCCUCAGGAGGGGAGGUGAGGCUCAACCUGCCACGAGAAGAAGUGGCCACCUAGACCCGGAUCUGGCAGCCUGCGUAACUUCCUUGCCGAGUGUGACUUUCUCCUCUUGUUUACUUCGGCACGGGGUUCGCACAUAACCGACUUUUACAUCUUGACCGAUUUUUUUUAAUGUCAGAGCACAUGACAAGAAAAUAACAAUCGGCAGGUGUGCUCCUACUGCUCUUGUCGUGUGUGUUGUACUCAAGAUGAUCAAUGCAGCACACCAUACACGUAAACAAUCUUGAGUGUCCUCCCACCAUCAAAAGCCAUCAAAAACUUCAGGUGGCUUCCUGAUUGGCUAUCGUUCGGCUGACCUCGGUGUUGACCGCAUACAUAAAGAUUUGAAAUUCUAAAUAUAGAACAGGUUUAAUAUUUACGACUGUUGGUCCCUGAUGGUUUUCCGAGCAGAUCAGAGAGGAAAAAUCACUUUUAACACCCCCCUUCCCCCCCGCAGCGCAGGAUAAUCCAUCCAUCCAUUAGCCGUAUCGAGAGUUGAUUUUGGGUGGGAGAUUGAACUGAACUGAAUGCAACCGGUUGCCAGCCAAUCGCUGGGCACACAUAGAAAACAACAGAACAUGCCAACUCCGCACAGGAAGGAUUCGAACCCCCAACCUCAGAACUGUGAGGCAGAUGCGUUCAAUACUCAUGCACUGCGUCGCUCACGAGAUAAUUGCUCAAGAUAAUCUUUUCGAGACAUCUGACAAUCGGGCCUUGGCGGGCUCAUCGGAAAAGGGAAAAAUGCUCAAAUUCGCCCCAAAUAUAGGAAUGUGUGUACCCCGCUUAAAUAGGGAUGGGCAUAAUAAUUGAUUAGUUGAUUCAUUGAACAUGAAUAAAAAAUAGUUUUGGACUGAUUUACCCCGGCGUUUCUAGUGUUGCUGCAGCGACGUAACCUAAAUUUGGACGUAAGUUGGAAUGCGCCGUCACUAACCUACAUUAAAGUAGUCGUCUGACAUCAUUACAGUAAAUAGUUGUAUGAAAAUGAAUGGAAAACAAAAAGAAGUCACGCUUGCUUUCUUGUGCCGAACGACAACGUAUUCUUAUGCCGCUGCGCAAAAUCGUCGGUUGCGCACUGUUCGUAGCCACGAAACCGCGUACGUCAGAAACCGAGGCGCCCCUGUCGUUCUUUUGCGACCCACCCAAUACUGGUUCGCUAUCCGCUUUUGGGGCCCAACCCACCAGUUGAGAAUCGCCGCCAUAGCGGAUCGGGGCAAAGUAGUUCAAUGCCCCGGAGCCAUGUCCACAUUGUCCAAAGUCAUUAUUUCCCACGCUGAACUUAUCCUUCGUGUACCAUCUCAAGAUUUUGCAUGACCGCAUUGCUUUUUAUUUGGAAUAUCGUCUGAAAGAAGUUGUCGAGCGCCAGUGUGCAUUCGUUUUUUUGUUUGCAAAUGUGAAAGAUUAGAAAGCAAAGGUUAGGAGUGACAGGUGGAGUCGAAGUGCACCAGCAGUGACAUUUGCCAUUUGAAUAGCAAAUCCAUUUUUGGGCUGUCACCGAGAUCAUGUGAUCACGCGAAGGGCACAACGACAGCAGAUUCCAAUUUGGCCAUCUUGUGUCUGUUGAUAAAAAGACGUC